UGAAUGAAAUUAGGAUGAAUAAAGACAUGACAUAAAGAAAUAGGCUGAACAUGCAGAAAGGGAACAUAUGUUUGGUUUUUGGGGAAGAAAUGGAUUGCUCUUCUCAAAUGACAGAAUCAGCUUCCGGACUACUUCCCACUCUGGCCUCAGAGGCUCUGAUGGAGUCAGUGGCCAGUUUGCUAUAGUGAAGAAAUGUCGAGAAAAAAGCACCGGUAUGGAGUAUGCUGCUAAGUUCAUUAAAAAACGUCAGAGUCGGGCCAGCCGUCGUGGAGUGAGACGUGAGGAAAUUGAACGGGAGGUUACUAUUCUGCAGCAGAUUCUGCAUGCCAACAUCAUCCAGUUGCAUGACAUCUAUGAGAACAAGACGGAUGUGGUCCUCAUCCUUGAGCUGGUUUCUGGAGGAGAACUUUUUGACUUCCUGGCACAGAAGGAGUCUCUGAGUGAAGAGGAAGCAACCAGAUUUAUCAAGCAGAUUUUGGAUGGUGUGAAUUACCUUCACUCUAAGAAAAUUGCUCACUUUGAUUUAAAGCCUGAAAACAUUAUGCUUCUAGACAAGAAUAUCCCUAUUCCACACAUCAAACUAAUUGACUUUGGCCUGGCUCACAAAAUAGAAGAUGGAGUUGAAUUUAAAAACAUUUUUGGAACUCCAGAAUUUGUAGCUCCAGAAAUAGUAAACUAUGAACCGCUGGGACUAGCUGCAGAUAUGUGGAGUAUAGGAGUCAUCACCUACAUACUGCUUAGUGGUGCAUCACCUUUCCUUGGAGAAACUAAACAAGAAACGCUUGCCAACAUCACAGCUGUGAAUUAUGAAUUUGAUGAAGAAUUUUUCAGCAAUACCAGUGACCUGGCAAAAGACUUUAUUCAGAAACUCCUGGUGAAAGAUACACGGAAACGGCUUACAAUUCAGGAAGCUCUGUCUCAUCCGUGGAUAACGCCGGUGGACAAGCGACAGGCAUUGGUUCGGCAAGCAUCUGUUGUUAACAUGGAAAACUUCAAAAGGCAAUAUGCUAGAAGGCGAUGGAAGCUUUCUUACCGUAUUGUCUCAUUGUGCAACCACUUAUCUCGUUCGCUGGUGAAAAAGGUCCUAAUACAGGAUGAAAGUUUGAGAAACUGUGAAAGUGACAGUGAGGAUCUUUCACAAAGAAAAGCCUCUCAUCAGAGGAGAAGCAGCAUAUCAUAAUGUGAUGAGAAUUCCACGGACAGGAGACAGAGGAAACAUUCAUCCUUGAUGAAAAAAGCAGCCGUGACAGCAGACCUUGACUUCUUGUCGGAAUCCGUGGUAUGAUGCUUCUCACUUCUCGCACAACACCAACACCUGGAUGAUGUUAUUAAAUGCCAUCUGAGCUUUUUGGACAAUUGGGGAUCCAGAUUCCCAGGGAAGUGCCUCAGCACAAGCACUGAUUGGAGUGCUUUUGUAUGCUGAGCGUUUCAGUGAUACUUCAGUUCGUGUUAUCAAUUCCACUCAGGAUGGAGGGUUUCUACUGGUACUCUUUUACUGCAGAAUAAUUCAUAUUCCGCGCAAUGAUUAAGACUGUGUGCAUUAUUAUUAUUCCAGUCAGGGAAAUUUUUAUUGAAUCUUAAGGAAAUUUUUAAAUACAAUGUUUAUAUUUGUUAAUAGCAUAAAUAUUUGAUGGCCGAUAUCUGAUGGGUUUUGUUAGCUGCGUGCAGUACUCUGUUACUGCUGUUAUUGAAGAGAAGAUCAUAGCGCCAUUACAUAUCAUAACCUUGAUUUCAUGGACCAAGCAGUAAACAGUUCUGUACUGCAAUAAGAAUUGUACUCUGGCCACCAUCAUUGGCUGACGAUUAAUACAACUGCCACUGUAAAUUUGAGUACAACUGAUUCUGGCCACUGAGGGGACGAGAUAGGCCAGGACAAUUUUUGGAUGAAAAAGAGAAGAGAUUUUGUAGUGACUUACAUGCACUCAAAUACAACGUUUUUACAGAAUAGUGGCAGGAUGCUUCACCAAAACCGGACAUUUAAAAACCCAAGGUAUAUGAAGAAAUAGUCUUAAUUAGACUUUGUUAUUGUUUUAAUCUAUUGUCAGCCAAUUGGAGACUCAUUAUCACCUAUUUGUAUAGGUGCUGUUUACAUGUAGCCCAAACUACAAACAUCUGUGUUUUAUUCAGGGGGUUGUAUCCAAAAUGGAGGAAGUAAGCACUUUGAUAUUGAUGUAACGUCUUCAUGCUUGGAAGUUGCAUCAUUUUAACUAUAUUAAUUUCUAGCCAGUAUUGUUCACUUGGUACCAAAAAAUGUACAUAGACUAGGUUAUUUUUUCAUUGAGUAUAUUAGUUGUUAGAAGCUUAUAUUUAUUUUGUCAUUUAAUAAAUUAAAAAUCAGAAAGCAUGCCUACUAGAAACAACUAUAGAUUGAUAAAAGAAACUGGUUUUGUUUGGCUUUAUGGUUGUCGCUUCUAGGCUGAGGUUUUAGAGCUGAAGGUGUGAAAUGGCGUCGAAAACUAGUAUCAGGUUAAUUUUGCCUGGCUUCCAGUUUCUAAGAAAGAAAAAUAUGCUACUUUUAUUUGUAGCUUUGUAUCCUUGCUUAGGCAGAGACUAAAAUGCAGGCGAUGAGAAAAUAUUUCUAUGAAAGGAAGGAAAUGAAGGAGAAGCAUCAGAGGAGAGAGGCAUAAAGCAGGAUUUGAGGGAAGAAACAUAAAAAGCAGGAGGUUGGGGGGGGGGUGGGCAGUGAAGCAGCGGAGAGGAAUGAGUAUGAGGGGGACGUGUAGGGGCUGGAGGUGAAACUGGACUGGGAAGGUUGAAGGAAGUCGAAGAGAAUGUAGAUAUGGCAAUUGCGGAAGCAAGAGAAUGAAUGUUUGGGCAAGUAUGGCACUGCAUUUUGUUACUAUUUAUUUAAUUUCCUUUUAUUUCAUGUCUUGUCCUGCCAUAGCCUGUGGCAUGUGCCUGGCAAAGGGAUAAGGAGCAGGGCAUGGGCUGCUUUUCACGUUGAAUUAAAAGGUGUAUUUCUGGGCUUUCCGUGUAACUUCUGAGGCAGGAUCCUCGAAAAGUGCUGUAGUAAUAUAUAUAUUAAGAGGGAGCAGUAAUGGGAAAAACUAUUGUUUCAGUGUCUGGAGGGAAUUGUUCAUAAAUAGAACACUAAAAAUAUGUAUUUGGAUAAAAAGCUGGCCAGCUUAGGAAAUUUUGCUUCCUGCUUUCCCUGUUCCAUGUGUUACCGUUAGUUUAUUCCCUGGGCUAUGAAAAACCAAAUAAACCUCGAGCCAGUGGUAUUCUUCUGAAGUCCUGGAGUUUCAGAACACCUUCAGUUUCCAAACCAGAGAUUGCGGGAUGUGCGCAUAAAUCGCACUUCUGAAAAUUAAGCCCUGGUUAAAAUAGCUGUUAGGUUGUUGCAUCAGAAUUGUGCUCACACGGAUAUGAGGUCAUUCUUCUUAUGUAAAAUCCUAGCAACUAUUGAGCAAUGCAGUAGAAAGGCAGACAGAGGAGUGCCAGGCAGCAUGAAGCUAUAAGCUCCAGCUUAUUAAUUCCACAAUAAUAAAAAAUGUAAGGUGGUGUUUUGACAAAGAUAUUACAGACAGCUGAUGGUGUUUGGUCUGAAGUCAUCUUUUUGCCCAGGUCAGCUAAGGACAGGAGCGUUGGCUUAGUCAGGGGAGAGCAGCAAGGUUGGCCUUUCUCUGUGGCACUCAGUUGUUUCGUAGCUUCAUGUGGCUCUCGAGUGGUGUGGCAUUAUUCAUGGCACAGAAACCACAACAAGCAGCACUUGUAUCAAGCCAAACAAUUCCCUGAUUGUUCCAGGUAGGAAUACGCUGUGAGUGUAUAAUCUCUUCUUCUCAGGACUAAUGUUUGUGAUUUAUUAGGAAGUUUUACUGUGCUUAUCCAAAUGUGGUAUUCUCUGUAUUUAUCACUCUAUUAUUGAUUGAGGUGGAAAUUUGGCCCUGCUUCAGGGAGGCAUAAUCUAGUCAAACUGUUUACAGUACUGCAGGACACCUCCCUCAGUGCAGGGUUGGUUUCACACUGUUGGUGGGUUUUGAGGAACAACCUAGAGGUUCCUGUAU